AUGGCCGCCCCCCUCGUCGACUACUCUCGCGACGCGAACCCGUCGCCGCUGGUUCCAACAGCGUCGAACCUAAUCCUCAUCGACAACUACGACUCCUUCACCUGGAACGUCUACCAGUACCUCGUGCUCGAGGGUGCCAAGGUGACCGUCUUCCGCAAUGACAAGAUCACCCUCGAUGAGCUCAUCGCCAAGAAGCCGACUCAGCUGGUCAUCAGUCCGGGCCCCGGCCACCCGAAAACCGACUCGGGCAUCAGCCGCGACGCCAUCCGGCACUUCGCCGGCAAGAUCCCCAUCUUCGGCGUGUGCAUGGGCCAGCAAUGCAUCAUUGAUCUCUAUGGCGGCGAUGUGAGCUAUGCAGGCGAGAUCCUGCACGGCAAGACGUCGCCCUUGACACACGAUGGCCGCGGCGUGUAUGCCGGCCUAGAGCAGGGCCUGCCGGUGACGCGGUACCACUCGCUGGCCGGCACGCACGUCACGCUGCCCGAGUGUCUCGAGGUGACGUCGUGGAUCGCCAAAGAGGAUGGCUCGAAGGGCGUGAUCAUGGGAGUCCGCCACAAGGAGUACACCAUCGAGGGCGUCCAGUUCCAUCCCGAGAGUAUCUUGUCUGCCGAGGGCCGCACCAUGCUGCGCAACUUCCUGCACAUGCAGGGCGGCACCUGGGCCGAAAACGAGCGUCUGCAGAAGCAGAAAGCCGCUCCUAAACCUGCUCCCUCUGCUGGUAGCGGCUCGAGUAACAUCCUCCAGCGUAUCUACGCUGCCCGUCGGACCGCUGUCUCCGCUCAAAAACAACUCCCCUCUCAGCGCCCUUCUGACCUGCAAGCCGCCUACCGCCUGGGCCUGGCCCCUCCCCAGAUCUCCUUCCCCGACCGCCUGCGCCAGUCGCCCUUCCCGGUGUCGCUCAUGGCCGAGAUCAAGCGGGCUUCGCCCUCAAAGGGCGUCUUUGCCCUGGAUAUUGAUGCCCCCAGCCAGGCGAGGAAGUAUGCCCUGGCCGGUGCGAGUGUCAUCUCCGUGCUGACCGAGCCCGAGUGGUUCAAGGGCAGUAUUGAGGAUCUGAGAGCUGUGCGCCGCGUGCUGGAUGGCAUGCCGAACCGGCCGGCUGUGUUGCGGAAAGAGUUCGUGUUUGACGAGUACCAGAUCUUGGAAGCCCGUCUGGCGGGCGCGGACACCGUGCUGCUGAUUGUCAAGAUGCUUGAGCCAGAGCUGUUGAAAAGAUUAUAUGACUACUCCCUGUCUCUGGGCAUGGAGCCGCUGGUGGAGGUGCAAAACGCGGAGGAAAUGACCGUCGCCAUCAACCUCGGCGCCAAGGUUAUCGGUGUCAACAACCGCAACCUCGAAAACUUUGAGGUCGACCUUGGCACCACAGGCCGCCUGCGCAGCAUGGUCCCCGAAGGAACAAUCCUUUGCGCCCUGAGCGGGAUUAACUCGCACCAAGACGUGCUGGAUUGCAAGCACGACGGUGUGAAUGCCGUGCUGGUCGGCGAAGCGAUCAUGCGGGCCCCCGACGCGUCGACCUUCAUCCGCGAUCUGUGUGCCGGCCCCGAGCAGGACGAUGCCCAGCAGAAACAGGAGUCCGCCCCCCCGCUGCUAGUCAAGAUCUGUGGUACCCGCUCCGCAGCCGCCGCCACCGAAGCCAUCCGCGCCGGCGCAGACCUCGUCGGCAUGAUCCUCGUGCCCGGCACCAAACGGUGCGUCUCGCAUGACACGGCACUGGCCAUCUCCGCGGCGGUACACAGCGCUAGGCUCGCUCGCAGCCCACCCGUCGCCCCGAACCCCAGUAGCGAAGGCUCGAAGCAGACGCAGGCUCAAGACUGGUUCACCCACACCGCAGCCACGCUGCGAGAGAUGGUCAAAACUAGAGGACCCCUCCUAGUAGGCGUCUUCAUGAAUCAACCCCUCUCCGACAUCCUAACCGCCGUGCGCGUGUACGAUCUUGAUAUUGUCCAACUCCAUGGCAAUGAGCCGCUUGAAUGGGCUCGCCUCAUCCCCGUCCCCGUCAUCCGUAAGUUUACCCCCUCCAAAGACUCCUCACAAACCGAUCUGCUCCGCGUAAGAGGGUACCACGUCCUGCCACUGCUCGACUCGGGCGCUGGAUCGGGCAGGUUGCUUGAUCUUGAUGGGGUCAGACAGGUUCUGCGGGAGGAGGAGGGCGUGCAGAUUAUGUUGGCGGGGGGGCUGGAUGAGGGGAAUGUGGCUGAGGUGGUGAGAGGGUUGGGGGAGUUAGGGACGAGGGUUGUGGCUGUGGAUGUGAGUAGUGGGGUUGAGGUUGGGGGUGAACAGAGUGUGGAGAGGGUGAGGGAGUUUAUUAAGGCUGCUAAGGGGAUUAGGUAA